AUGACAGAGAAAGAGUUUAUUAGGGAGAAUAUUUGGUGCAGGAAAGACAAUGAAGAAAGGAAGGGAAAUGGGAUUCGGAAAACAAAUAUGCCCUUAGAAGACAAAAUUUUGCCGUUGUCGUCGUCGUUGUCGUCGUCGUUGUCGUCGUCGUUGUCGUCGUCGUUGUCGUCGUCGCCGUCGUCGUCGUUGUCGUCGUCGUCGUCGUCGUCGUCGUAG